AUGGCUCUGUGUUGCGUUCGCCAUGUGAAAGAAUCCACCUCAACUCGUUUCAUCUAUUGCUGUAUUCUUACUGUUGUAUCUGUUCUUUCUGUUAUUUUUCAUACUGGUGGGCUUGCACACAGCACUGCGACCCGAAUGCUGGGCGACAUGAUGCUCGAGUUCUGCAGCCAUUUUCAGACCCGUGAACAGUGCGUUCGCUUUGUUGGUUACCUCGCCGUCUAUCGAUUUUGCAUACCUUUAGCAAUUUUCCACUUUAUCUUGAUGCUUUUUACAAUACAAAAUAGCAACAGUCAGUCAUGGCGUGGCAAAAUUCAUAACGGAUUCUGGUUCUGGAAAUGUGCCUUUAUUGUUUUAUUAUGGGUGAUAUCUAUCUUCUUUCCCUCCCUCGAUAAAGCCACAACUGGUAAGUGGGCUCUUCUUCGGCUGAUCUUCGUCCUCACUGUCACCCUCUACUUAAGCACCUUUUUGGCAUACUUUCUACUUUGGGCGCUGUGGGGCUACUUGAACGGUUGUGUUCUCAAUGCAAUGAUUGUCUACGUCAAUGUCUGCAUCACUGCUCUCCUUCUCCUCCUCUCCUUUGCCCAUCCAAGAAGUAAGCUCUCAGCAGCUAUGAUUUUCAUAGCCUGUUGCUCGUAUUCGCAUCGAAUCACCCACAACCGGCAUUUAACUGGUUGA